GGGCAUGCUCAGUAGAUAGGGCAGGUUUUUUGGUCUCGAGUAGCGGAGAAACAUUUUUUGCACCACCGCGACCAGCCUUAGAGCGCGGCGGCGGCGGCCACGGCAACAUCAGCCCAGCCAUCAGCUGUGCAGACGCCCAGCACCCGGGAGCGCGGCGAGCUUCGGCUCAGCCCGGAGUUCACCUCCGAGUGCCCCGGGGGCUGAGCUCACCCCUUCUGCUCUCUCACACACGAACACUCUCUUUCACUCACACACACACACACGUAUUCACACUCUCUCGCACACACAUAGGACCCUGGGCGCAAGCACCCUUCCGGCAGCAGUCGUCCGCUGGUGCAAUAGUAGCUAGGUUCGGUUCCUGCCUCCGGCGGCCGCCGGUUUAGAGCACCGCCGCCAGCAGCCGGAGGAGAGCAAUGCGGGGGCCAGAGCAGCAGCUCGAACAGUAAUGUGGAUUUACAGUCGUUUCCCGCAGCAGUCGGCCGAGACGCCCUAAGUCCCGGGCACUGGCAGCGCCCGGCGGAGCCGAGCACCUGGCGAGGGGGCGGGGGAACCGCACCUGGGGACGCCGCCGAAACUUGCGCUUGGAAUAGGAAUUACAAGGGUGACCUUUAUUCCGCUGUCUCCUUUUUGAUUCCCAUAACUUCUGGACCUAUCAAGCUACUAAAAUCAGGAGUCUUCUUGACUAAUGGGAACAUCUGCAGAGUGUGUAGGAACAGCAGUAGCCAGAGAAGAUGUUUGCAAAACUAUUUAGUAGUUCUUACUGACUACAAAUAAAUAUUUCUCCAUAUCAGUGGAACAGAUAUUUCCAUUCAGAAAAUUUUACUGGCAUAAAUAUUUGCCUCCUGAAAUGAAUGUUUUGAUUCUUUAGUAAAGUCUCAUGUAAAAUAUUUGUAUUUACACAGGUAUUGCAUUCAUUUGUUUACCCUUCCAUUAUAACUUCUCUUCAUCUACCCAUCUAUCCAUCUAUAUGUCCAAUAAACGGCUAUUGAGCAACUUUGGGGCAAAAGUUAUUGUGCCUUUUUUUGUGGUAAAUGUGCCAAUGUAGGUAUAAUUCAAAUGGAGCAUUGAGAGUGUUUGCUUCUCUAUAGUCAGUCCACUGUUAGGUGGACUACGUGAGAAAAUGUGGCAAGAUGAAGGAUCUCCCUCAUUGGUUUUAAUUUUUAUUAAAAUAUUGGUCAAUAUUCAGUCCUUAGUAACUAAGGCAUAGAAAGCAUUGAUUUUUUUUCCCUUUGCUACCUAUAUCUUGCAGUGCUAUGCAUCAUUACUCAAAUGUGAAUUCUCAUUUCAAGCUGUAAAAAAGUCAAAAGGAUGAUCUGAAUUUGUGGACUGCUUGCAUUAAAGGACUUCCUCAUCCUUUUUUCAUGAAACUGAACUUGCUUAAUCAGAGAUGGAGCAAACUGACUGCAAACCCUACCAGCCUCUAUCAAAAGUCAAGCAUGAAAUGGAUCUAGCUUACACCAGUUCUUCUGAUGAGAGUGAAGAUGGAAGAAAACCAAGACAGUCAUACAACUCCAGGGAGACCUUGCACGAGUAUAACCAGGAGCUGAGGAUGAAUUACAAUAGCCAGAGUAGAAAGAGGAAAGAAGUAGAAAAAUCUACUCAAGAGAUGGAAUUCUGUGAAACCUCUCACACUCUGUGCUCUGGCUACCAAACAGACAUGCACAGCGUUUCUCGGCAUGGCUACCAGCUAGAGAUGGGAUCUGAUGUGGACACAGAGACAGAAGGUGCUGCCUCACCUGACCAUGCACUAAGAAUGUGGAUAAGGGGAAUGAAAUCAGAGCAUAGUUCCUGUUUGUCCAGCCGCGCCAACUCUGCAUUAUCCUUGACUGACACUGACCAUGAAAGGAAGUCUGAUGGGGAAAAUGGUUUCAAAUUCUCUCCUGUUUGUUGUGACAUGGAGGCUCAAGCUGGGUCUACUCAAGAUGUGCAGAGCAGCCCACACAACCAGUUCACCUUCAGACCCCUCCCACCGCCACCUCCGCCUCCUCAUGCCUGCACCUGUGCCAGGAAGCCACCCCCUGCAGCGGACUCUCUUCAGAGGAGAUCAAUGACUACCCGCAGCCAGCCCAGCCCAGCUGCUCCAGCUCCCCCAACCAGCACGCAGGAUUCAGUCCAUCUGCAUAACAGCUGGGUCUUGAACAGCAACAUACCAUUGGAGACCAGGCAUUUCCUGUUCAAACAUGGAUCUGGUUCCUCUGCGAUCUUCAGUGCAGCCAGUCAGAACUACCCUCUGACAUCCAAUACCGUGUACUCGCCCCCUCCCAGGCCUCUUCCUCGAAGCACCUUUUCCCGACCUGCCUUUACCUUUAACAAACCUUACAGGUGCUGCAACUGGAAGUGCACAGCAUUGAGCGCCACUGCAAUCACAGUGACUUUGGCCUUGUUGCUAGCCUAUGUGAUUGCAGUACAUUUGUUCGGCCUGACUUGGCAGUUGCAACCAGUUGAAGGAGAGCUGUAUGCAAAUGGAGUUAGCAAAGGGAACAGGGGGACCGAGUCCAUGGACACUACUUACUCUCCAAUUGGAGGAAAAGUUUCUGAUAAAUCAGAGAAAAAAGUGUUUCAGAAGGGACGGGCGAUAGACACUGGAGAAGUUGACAUUGGUGCACAGGUCAUGCAGACCAUUCCACCUGGUUUAUUCUGGCGUUUCCAGAUUACUAUCCACCAUCCAAUAUAUCUGAAGUUCAAUAUUUCUUUAGCCAAGGACUCUCUGCUGGGAAUUUAUGGCAGAAGAAACAUUCCACCUACACAUACUCAGUUCGAUUUCGUAAAACUGAUGGAUGGCAAACAGCUGGUCAAGCAGGACUCCAAGGGCUCUGAUGAUACACAGCACUCCCCUCGGAACCUGAUCUUAACUUCGCUUCAGGAGACAGGUUUCAUAGAGUAUAUGGAUCAAGGACCUUGGUAUCUGGCAUUUUACAAUGAUGGAAAAAAGAUGGAGCAAGUAUUCGUGUUAACUACAGCAAUUGAAAUAAUGGAUGACUGUUCAACGAAUUGCAAUGGAAAUGGAGAGUGUAUCUCUGGCCAUUGUCAUUGUUUCCCAGGAUUCCUUGGACCUGACUGUGCUAGAGAUUCCUGCCCUGUGCUGUGUGGUGGGAAUGGAGAAUACGAGAAAGGACACUGUGUCUGCCGGCAUGGCUGGAAGGGGCCAGAGUGUGACGUUCCAGAAGAACAAUGCAUUGAUCCAACAUGCUUUGGCCACGGCACCUGCAUCAUGGGAGUCUGCAUCUGUGUGCCAGGAUACAAAGGAGAAAUAUGCGAGGAAGAGGACUGCCUAGACCCAAUGUGUUCCAACCAUGGCAUCUGUGUAAAAGGAGAAUGUCACUGUUCUACUGGCUGGGGAGGAGUUAACUGUGAAACACCACUUCCUGUAUGUCAAGAGCAGUGCUCAGGACAUGGAACUUUUCUUCUGGACGCUGGAGUAUGCAGCUGUGAUCCCAAGUGGACAGGAUCUGACUGCUCAACAGAGCUGUGUACCAUGGAGUGUGGUAGCCAUGGAGUCUGCUCAAGAGGAAUUUGCCAGUGUGAAGAAGGCUGGGUAGGACCAACAUGUGAGGAACGCUCCUGUCAUUCUCAUUGUACUGAGCAUGGCCAAUGCAAAGAUGGAAAAUGUGAGUGUAGCCCUGGAUGGGAGGGCGACCACUGCACAAUUGCUCACUACUUAGAUGCUGUCCGAGAUGGCUGCCCAGGGCUCUGCUUUGGAAAUGGACGAUGUACCCUGGAUCAAAAUGGUUGGCACUGUGUGUGUCAGGUGGGUUGGAGUGGGACAGGCUGCAAUGUUGUCAUGGAAAUGCUUUGUGGAGAUAACUUGGACAAUGAUGGAGAUGGUUUAACCGACUGUGUGGAUCCUGAUUGUUGUCAACAAAGCAACUGUUAUAUAAGUCCUCUCUGUCAGGGCUCACCAGAUCCUCUUGACCUCAUUCAGCAAAGCCAAACUCUCUUCUCUCAGCACACUUCAAGACUUUUCUAUGAUCGAAUCAAAUUCCUCAUUGGCAAGGACAGUACUCAUGUCAUUCCUCCUGAGGUGUCAUUUGACAGCAGGCGUGCCUGUGUGAUUCGAGGCCAAGUGGUGGCCGUAGAUGGAACUCCUCUGGUGGGAGUGAAUGUCAGUUUCUUGCACCACAGUGAUUAUGGGUUUACCAUCAGCCGGCAAGAUGGAAGCUUUGACCUCAUAGCCAUCGGUGGCAUCUCCGUCAUCUUAAUCUUCGACCGAUCACCUUUCCUGCCUGAGAAGAGGACCCUCUGGUUGCCUUGGAAUCAGUUUAUUGUGGUGGAGAAAGUCACCAUGCAGAGAGUUGUAUCAGACCCACCAUCCUGCGAUAUCUCCAACUUUAUCAGCCCAAACCCUAUUGUGCUUCCUUCACCACUCACAUCAUUUGGAGGGUCCUGUCCGGAGAGGGGAACUAUUGUUCCUGAGCUGCAGGUUGUACAGGAGGAAAUUCCCAUUCCCUCCAGCUUUGUGAGGCUGAGUUACCUGAGCAGCCGCACCCCUGGGUAUAAAACCCUGCUACGGAUCCUUCUGACACAUUCAACGAUUCCUGUAGGGAUGAUAAAAGUACACCUCACAGUAGCUGUGGAAGGGCGACUCACACAGAAGUGGUUUCCCGCCGCAAUUAAUCUUGUCUACACAUUUGCUUGGAACAAGACCGACAUCUAUGGACAGAAGGUUUGGGGCCUGGCAGAGGCUUUGGUAUCUGUGGGAUAUGAAUAUGAAACGUGCCCUGACUUUAUUCUCUGGGAGCAAAGGACAGUCGUUUUACAAGGUUUUGAGAUGGAUGCUUCUAACCUAGGAGGCUGGUCUUUGAAUAAGCAUCACAUUUUGAAUCCUCAAAGUGGAAUCCUACAUAAAGGGAAUGGAGAAAAUAUGUUCAUUUCCCAGCAGCCCCCAGUCAUAUCAACCAUAAUGGGUAAUGGACACCAAAGGAGUGUAGCCUGCACCAACUGCAAUGGCCCAGCCCACAACAACAAACUCUUUGCUCCUGUCGCCUUAGCUUCUGGCCCUGAUGGCAGUGUGUAUGUUGGCGACUUCAAUUUUGUAAGGAGAAUAUUUCCCUCGGGAAACUCCGUUAGUAUUUUGGAAUUAAGAAACAGAGAUACCAGACAUAGCACAAGUCCUGCUCACAAAUACUAUCUGGCUAUGGACCCUGUGUCUGAGUCACUCUAUCUAUCAGACACCAAUACUCGCAAAGUCUACAAGUUGAAAUCUCUUGUGGAGACGAAAGAUCUGUCCAAGAAUUUUGAAGUGGUGGCAGGAACUGGUGAUCAGUGCCUUCCCUUUGACCAGAGUCAUUGUGGAGAUGGUGGGAGAGCAUCGGAAGCUUCACUGAAUAGCCCUCGAGGCAUCACAGUUGAUAGGCAUGGAUUUAUUUACUUUGUGGAUGGGACUAUGAUUCGCAAAAUUGAUGAGAACGCUGUGAUCACAACUGUAAUCGGCUCAAAUGGUCUGACUUCCACACAACCACUGAGCUGUGACUCAGGAAUGGACAUCACUCAGGUGCGAUUAGAGUGGCCAACAGACCUUGCAGUAAAUCCUAUGGACAAUUCAUUGUAUGUCUUGGAUAACAACAUUGUGCUGCAAAUUUCUGAGAACAGGCGCGUGCGGAUCAUUGCAGGACGCCCCAUUCACUGCCAGGUGCCAGGCAUUGAUCAUUUCCUGGUCAGCAAGGUAGCAAUUCACUCCACUCUAGAGUCAGCGAGGGCCAUCAGUGUCUCCCACAGCGGGCUGCUCUUCAUAGCUGAAACAGACGAGAGGAAAGUAAACCGCAUUCAGCAAGUAACUACCAAUGGGGAGAUCUCCAUCAUCGCUGGUGCCCCCACUGACUGUGACUGCAAAAUUGAUCCAAACUGUGACUGUUUUUCAGGUGAUGGUGGCUAUGCCAAAGAUGCAAAGAUGAAAGCCCCUUCCUCUUUAGCAGUGUCGCCUGAUGGUACCCUCUAUGUGGCAGACCUCGGAAAUGUUCGAAUUCGUACCAUCAGCAGGAACCAAGCCCACCUGAAUGACAUGAACCUUUAUGAGAUUGCUUCACCCGCUGACCAGGAACUGUACCAGUUCACGGUAAAUGGAACCCACCUACACACCCUGAACUUGAUAACAAGGGACUACGUUUAUAACUUCACCUACAAUUCUGAAGGUGACUUGGGCGCAAUUACCAGCAGCAAUGGCAAUUCGGUGCACAUUCGCCGUGAUGCAGGCGGAAUGCCCCUGUGGCUUGUGGUGCCUGGCGGACAAGUAUACUGGCUGACUAUAAGCAGCAAUGGAGUCCUGAAAAGAGUGUCAGCCCAAGGCUAUAAUCUGGCCUUGAUGACCUAUCCAGGAAACACAGGGCUUCUGGCUACCAAAAGUAACGAAAAUGGAUGGACAACCGUUUAUGAGUAUGACCCCGAGGGACAUCUGACCAAUGCAACGUUUCCCACUGGAGAGGUCAGCAGCUUCCACAGUGACCUGGAGAAGCUGACAAAAGUGGAGCUAGAUACUUCCAACCGUGAAAAUGUCCUCAUGUCAACCAACUUGACGGCAACUAGUACCAUAUAUAUUUUAAAACAAGAAAAUACUCAAAGUACCUAUCGGGUGAGUCCAGAUGGUUCCCUGCGUGUCACUUUUGCCAGCGGGAUGGAGAUCGGCCUCAGCUCAGAGCCCCACAUCCUGGCAGGGGCAGUCAACCCUACCCUGGGCAAAUGCAACAUCUCAUUGCCCGGAGAGCACAGUGCAAACCUCAUCGAGUGGCGGCAGAGGAAGGAGCAAAACAAAGGCAACGUUUCAGCUUUUGAAAGGAGGCUGAGGGCCCACAACAGAAACCUACUCUCCAUAGAUUUUGAUCAUAUAACCCGCACAGGAAAGAUCUAUGAUGAUCAUCGAAAAUUCACCCUUCGAAUUCUUUAUGACCAGACUGGGCGGCCCAUUCUGUGGUCUCCUGUAAGCAGAUAUAAUGAAGUGAACAUCACAUAUUCACCUUCGGGAUUGGUGACGUUUAUUCAAAGAGGAACGUGGAAUGAAAAAAUGGAAUAUGACCAGAGUGGAAAAAUUAUUUCAAGAACUUGGGCCGAUGGGAAAAUUUGGAGCUAUACCUACUUAGAAAAAUCUGUGAUGCUUCUCUUACAUAGCCAGCGGCGUUACAUCUUUGAGUAUGACCAACCAGAUUGUCUGCUCUCAGUCACCAUGCCUAGCAUGGUGCGUCACAGCUUACAAACCAUGCUUUCAGUGGGCUACUACCGGAACAUCUACACCCCACCGGACAGUAGCACUUCUUUUAUCCAAGACUAUAGUCGAGAUGGCCGAUUGCUACAGACCCUGCAUCUGGGGACAGGGCGCAGAGUCUUAUACAAGUACACCAAGCAAGCAAGGCUUUCUGAGGUUCUCUAUGAUACCACUCAGGUCACAUUAACAUAUGAAGAGUCUUCUGGAGUGAUUAAGACAAUACACCUGAUGCAUGACGGAUUCAUCUGCACAAUCAGAUACAGGCAAACAGGACCUCUUAUUGGACGCCAGAUUUUCAGAUUCAGUGAAGAAGGCCUUGUGAAUGCACGGUUCGACUACAGCUACAACAAUUUCCGAGUCACAAGCAUGCAAGCUGUAAUCAAUGAAACCCCUUUGCCUAUAGAUCUUUACCGAUAUGUUGAUGUCUCUGGCAGAACAGAGCAGUUUGGAAAAUUCAGUGUAAUUAAUUACGAUUUAAAUCAGGUCAUAACUACUACAGUGAUGAAACACACCAAAAUCUUCAGUGCCAAUGGACAAGUCAUUGAAGUCCAAUAUGAAAUCCUAAAGGCAAUUGCCUACUGGAUGACUAUUCAAUACGAUAAUGUGGGCCGCAUGGUAAUAUGUGACAUAAGGGUAGGAGUAGAUGCCAAUAUAACAAGGUACUUCUAUGAAUACGAUGCUGAUGGGCAACUUCAGACUGUUUCUGUAAAUGACAAAACCCAGUGGCGUUAUAGUUAUGAUCUGAAUGGAAACAUCAACCUCUUAAGCCAUGGGAAUAGUGCUCGUCUUACUCCUCUCAGAUAUGACCUCCGAGACCGCAUCACCAGAUUAGGAGAAAUUCAGUAUAAAAUGGAUGAAGAUGGCUUUCUGCGGCAGAGGGGAAAUGAUAUUUUUGAAUAUAAUUCUAAUGGCCUGCUGCAGAAAGCCUACAAUAAGGCUUCUGGCUGGACCGUGCAGUAUUACUAUGAUGGGCUUGGGCGACGCGUCGCGAGUCAGUCCAGCCUAGGGCAGCACCUUCAGUUCUUUUAUGCAGACCUUACCAACCCCAUAAGAGUUACUCAUUUGUACAACCACACAAGCUCGGAGAUUACAUCUCUGUAUUAUGAUCUCCAAGGUCACCUUAUUGCCAUGGAGUUAAGCAGUGGCGAAGAAUAUUACGUAGCCUGUGAUAAUACAGGUACCCCACUAGCUGUGUUCAGCAGCCGAGGUCAGGUCAUAAAGGAGAUACUAUACACACCCUAUGGUGAUAUCUAUCAUGACACUUACCCUGACUUUCAGGUCAUUAUUGGUUUUCAUGGAGGACUCUAUGAUUUCCUUACUAAAUUAGUGCACCUGGGGCAAAGGGAUUAUGAUGUUGUCGCUGGCAGAUGGACAACGCCUAAUCAUCACAUAUGGAAACAGUUGAACCUCCUUCCUAAACCAUUCAACCUCUACUCCUUUGAAAAUAACUACCCAGUUGGCAAAAUUCAAGAUGUUGCAAAGUAUACCACAGACAUCAGAAGUUGGUUGGAGCUAUUUGGUUUCCAGUUACACAAUGUACUACCUGGAUUUCCCAAACCUGAAUUAGAAAAUUUAGAAUUAACUUAUGAGCUUCUACGGCUUCAGACAAAAACUCAAGAGUGGGAUCCUGGAAAGACUAUCCUGGGCAUUCAGUGUGAACUCCAGAAACAGCUCAGGAAUUUCAUUUCCUUGGACCAACUACCUAUGACUCCCCGAUACAAUGAUGGACGGUGCCUUGAAGGAGGGAAGCAACCAAGGUUUGCUGCUGUCCCUUCUGUUUUUGGGAAAGGUAUAAAGUUUGCCAUCAAGGAUGGCAUAGUAACAGCUGAUAUUAUAGGAGUAGCCAAUGAAGAUAGCAGGCGGCUUGCUGCCAUUCUCAAUAAUGCCCAUUACCUGGAAAACCUACAUUUUACCAUAGAAGGGAGGGACACUCACUACUUCAUUAAGCUUGGGUCUCUGGAGGAAGACCUGGUGCUCAUCGGUAACACUGGGGGGAGGCGGAUUCUGGAGAAUGGUGUCAAUGUCACUGUGUCCCAGAUGACUUCUGUGUUGAAUGGAAGGACUAGACGGUUUGCAGAUAUUCAGCUCCAGCAUGGAGCCCUGUGCUUCAACAUCCGGUAUGGGACAACUGUCGAAGAGGAAAAGAAUCACGUGUUGGAGAUUGCCAGACAGCGCGCCGUGGCCCAGGCCUGGACUAAAGAACAAAGAAGGCUGCAAGAGGGAGAAGAGGGGAUUAGGGCAUGGACAGAAGGGGAAAAGCAGCAGCUUUUGAGCACUGGGCGGGUACAAGGUUAUGAUGGGUAUUUUGUUUUGUCUGUUGAGCAGUAUUUAGAACUUUCUGACAGUGCCAACAAUAUUCACUUUAUGAGACAGAGCGAAAUAGGCAGGAGGUAACAAAAAAAAUCUCUGCCUUUGCGUCACCAAAGACUGCCUGUUUUUAAAACAUAAAAUGGUUUAUUGUAUUGGUUUUCUAGAUCAGAACUCUGUAUAUGUAAAUAUGGAGGAAAAACAUAUCCAACUGCCUUUCAAUGUGACGGAAGAUGGUAUUUUAAUAUUGUUUGUUUAAACUCUUUAAGAAAUGACAGAGAUUUUUAGUUCUUCUGUGGCAGUAUUCAAAAUAACACAAGUAGAACUCAAACAGCUAAAAACAGUUUUCAGAAAGCACCACUUUCAAUUUGCCGAUCCAUGCAUAUGUUCCAAUAUCCAGAAAGAACCCAAGGUUCUCUAUCUCUAUUGUGACAAGCAGUUUCAUCCUUAACUGUUGGCAGAACUUGCGGGCUGUUGGAAUAGGUGGUGCAAUAGUAUCUGAAACUUGCAUUUCGAAAGACUGCCAGCCCUUUCACAUUUUCCAGAUCUGUUAUAGGAAACUUAAAAACAGGUGUAAAAUGUCUUCAGCCACCAUCUCCUAGAGUCAGGACCCAAUUGCCCUUCCUUCUUGAUUAUUCCUCCUUGCUUGUUAAAGUAAAUGCCAUAUUGUUGUGCUGUGUUUCGGCGUGUGGUGGCUGGGUUCUGUCUACCAUGCUUCCCUGUGGGUGUGGUAACCAGACUGAAUAGCCGCUAUUUGCUCAUGUGUACAUGAUACCAAAGCAGCUGGCCAACGUGACCUCUCUCACACGACCUGUUUUGACUCAAUUUUUUACUAAGUUGUCCAGCUGUAUUGGUAUCAUGUAAACAUAGCUUUUAUUAACCUGGGUAAGAAUUUCUCAUUUAUAUAUAGGAUGUGUUUUGGUCAUAGUUUCACAUUAGUGAUUCAGUAUCUAUACACCAAUCCAAUGGUUUUGUGCACAUGAAAGGUAAUUUACUUAAAAGUAUGAUUCUGGUACAAAAACAAAAAAAAGGCUUUAGCAGGCAUACGUGCCUGGGAUGCCGAUACAUACAUUAACUACUACUGCAGAAAUUCAUAAGAGCCAAAACCUUAAAAAAAUAGACCUAGUGCUUAAGUAAAAGUACUAAAGGGAAGACCAGACCAAACAUCACAGCAGUUGCUGCCACAUUGUUUCAGCCCACUUAGAUUUAUCUUUCAAAUGUACAAUUCUGUAUUGAACAUCUCCCAGCCAUAUUCAGGAAAUCGAAUCAAGUAAAUCCUUUCCAACCAAAAACAUUUCAACUAACUAUAGAGAGGCAGACUCAUUUUUACUAAAAUAAUUUAUAUGGUUAGUUUAGUUAUUUUCGUUCUCCGACCUUACCCAUUUAUUUUUAUUUAAUCAUCUCUACUGCCUAGGAAAAUAACUACUUUCCAGGACGGGUUAUUUGUUCUGCGAUCAUUUAAAAUUUGGAGAAAGGUCAGGAUUAGUGUUAAUAUCAGCUGCAGUUUCUCAAUCUCUAGGAAUCCGGCAGUGAAAGAAGCCCCUUGGUGAGCUGGAAGAUUUGUGCCCAGUGACAAAGGGACAGUUUGUAAAAUGCUGUGUAAUUAUAAGUUACCACAAAUGAAAAUACAUGACAGCACAAUGUGGCCCGUAGAAAAUUUCCCUGAGCCAGCUUCUGCACUUUCAUCACCGAAUCUGAACAUUUGCUAUGUCUGAAGGCAAAUUUAUGAUGGAAUGUUAGUUUGGAUUCUUUCCAGCUGCUACCUAAAUGCAGUGUGGGGUCAUUGCCUUGCUUUGCGAUGACAGUUUCUUUGAAAAUAUGCAGUCAUAAGCUCAUGUUAAGGUUUUUCAAGAGUCUGCCUCCUACUACACAAAGGAAAGUAAGAGAAAGGAAAUGACCCUGGCAAACAGUAGAGAAGGGUAUAUUCAAACAUUUCAUUUUCAAAACCUUCGGGUUAGAAUACCACUUACACAUGUAUUCUGAGAGACAGAAUUCAUGAUGAACUCAUCUCUCCUUAUAACUGGAAACACACCAGCUCGAUAUAUUGCUAAUCCAUAUUAAAAUCAUAUUAUUGGGUUUUUUUCUGAAUCAGGCCUGUGUUAAUGGUACAGUAUUUAUUCAGAAUGGAAAUCUAAAAUUACUAACAAACUUGUUGAAAAUUUGAAUACCUCCACACCAACCUAAAAAUGGACCUUAAGUUCCUAGAACCUCUGAUGUUCUUUUAAAUUAAUGGAAAAAUAAUUUGUGAACUGUAUAUAGAGAGCGCAUUCAUAAAUGUGAUUAUGUAUUUUAUCACGAAUCCAAAAUGUCAAUAUUAGAGUCUAUUUUGCUUAUAUUUUAAGCAAUUAUACGUUUUUGCAAUUCAUUGAUGAUGUAUCAUUUUCAAACUGCUUUAAAUAUCCAUUAGAAACAAAUAUUUGAAGCUUUUACUUAAUAGUGAUUACCUUGAACUGUGCAUUUCUAGUUUGUAAUACGUAUUUAGUUGGUUCGUGCCUUUAGUUUCUUAAAGUUACAUUUGUAUUAUAUUCAGGAAAUGCACUUUUUAUUACUUACAGCUGUGGUUUUAAUACUGCCUUGAACUAUUAUUAUUCUUUUUACAACUCCUAAAGUUUGAGCGAGGAAAGAAAAAAAAACAAAACUACUAAUCAGUAGUAAAUCGAAGAGAAACAUUUUGGCAUUUCUUAAUAAGAACAUGGAGAUAUUGAGUAUAUCACUUCCUAUUCAGCUGAAUAGAAAGAAUGCCUUCAUUGACUUGCAGUUCUGAAGUUUAAAUUAUUGAAAGAACAAUUCAUUUGCAUUUCCUGAUGAAAGUAAAAGCAUUUUUCAGAGAAACAUAUGAAUUUCUCAUACCCAGCAGACAGAUGGCUGACACUGCACAGCCACACACUAUUCGAGUAAGUUAAAGUGAGAGCAUAGUAGUUGGACUCUCCUAUGAAGAACAGUCUGGGCUGGAGGCAGGGAAUACUCCAUGGUUGUUUCUUUUUCCUCGUUAAGCCCAUUUUGUUUCUGCUUUUCUGUUUUGUUUUGUUUUCACUCUUGCACUACAGUCUAGAGAUCCAAAUGAACUGAAAAGUUCAAAGUUUAACACAUUUAAAUAUGUUUAUUUUUAGUUGUCAUUCUAAUCAUUAUUGAUUAGAAGCAUGACUCCUGAAGGCAAGGGAAAUAAAUCUAAAUUCAUACUAACUUGCAACAAAACACUUACCAUAUAAAUAAGUAUAUGAUUUAUUUUUAACCCAAAAAAUGUAUAAAAUAAGUGUGUCCUUUACUGUCAAUUUAUCUAGAAGAUCUAUAAUUUAUAGACUACAUAUAUAUAAUAUAUACAACAUAGCCAAAUGUAUGAAAACUUGACAAUGUAUAAUUUGGAAUUCACAUGCUACCUAUGUAGAGAAGUAUGAAAUUAAGUUAUAAUUUUCAUGAGACAUUUUCAUCACUGUUGACACAGUUUCAAGCAUUCCAUCAUGUUAUUUUGACUCUUUUUCUUUUUUUCUUUCUUUAAAAAUAUAUUUUUAACUAGACCAGGCCCUACUAUAAUAUCACUUAAGAGAGUCAGGGCAAAGUUUUUGCAUUUAUGAAGAUGUGUUCAUGUAAGGGUGAUUGUAAUGGAGUUCAUUGGUAAUAGAAGCAAAAGUACAGUAAUGAAGUAUUGAAAAGAAAAUUUUGGAGACAUUGGAGCAUAUUAUAUAUAGCUUGUGGAAAGACAUAAGGCUACAGAUUGAAUGGAACAUUCCUGUUUUCUUGAAGAAAUUCACAUACACAUAGCUGACCUGACUAGUACUUCAGCUCUUCCACAGCCUUCUAUAAAGGUUCUUUCUUCUGCAAAGAAAACAAACAAACAAACAAAAAAAAAAGGAAAAAACAAAAAACAAAAAAAAGCAAAGUAAAAUUUAAAAAUACAGAAAACAACAAAAAAGAAUUCAACCAUAAAUAGUGACUAUUAUUUUCAGUGUGUCCUUCAUGUGAAAGCUAUUAAGGACCAAAUGUACUACUGUUCGUAAGAAGAAAUUACUUUCUAAACAGUAACUGAAAAUACUUAGAGUUAAACUUGCUGUGGAUUUUGUCUUGGCAGUUGUCAUCUUACAUUAUUUGUCAAAGGAAAUGUGUUUGGCAGUUAAAAAUCUUUCCUUAGAUUUAGUGGUGGACUUUAACCUCUUAAAUAAAUGUUAGUAUAUCAGAUUGUGUCCUUGAAAAAUAUUUUACUUGUAUGAAUCAUGACAACGUCUAAAUCUUUACUAUUCUUCUGGCAAAAGCAUCAGUAAGAAAGAAGGCGAAAAAGAGAAGUAUAGCCUUUAUGUCAGAAAAACAUUCUUUUUAGCUGCUUACUUUCUCAUGAAAAGUAAAGAUGUUUACAGUGUAUGCCAAGUUUUCAGUUUCUGUAUAACAACAGUUAGAGGUUCUAAUCAUAUUGAAAAUUGUGUUAUAACGGUCUGAGCCAUGUUGCUAGGAAACAAUAGGUUCCAAUUUUGUAUUCCUCCUUUCCUGUGCUGAAAAGUGACUGGAUACUGUACAGGUUCAUGUUCUCUGGCUGCAGUUAAAUGGUCUUUUGCAUUUUGCUCUGGCUUUCAGGCCAGAAGCAUGCAUUUUUCUACAAGAGCAUCACAACAACAUGCUGUAAAUAUUUAAAGUUAAACAUUAUGUGUUGAUAUUUGAAAGAAAAGUACUUUGAAUAUUUCAUUUUUAAAAAAUAAAAUUGCCAAUGAAAAA